GUCAUCAGGUAGGUCGUUGGUUUUGCCCGUAUUUCUAGCAUUUUCUGAGUUAAUGUAUUAUUUAUUUCACUGAGAGCAUCAGUGUAAGAUUUCGAUCAAAUUGUUAGACAGGUAGCUGAAACUGUGACAUGGUGACCUGCCUCGCAAAUUGCACUUACUGACUCGGGAGUUGGUCCAGUUGGAAACUUCACAUGCAGAAAGUAAUGGAUAAUUAUUCAUUUGUACGACCUGGAAAAUUAAAACUGAAAGGUGAAAAGAAAAAGAAGCGUCAUAAAAGACAGCAUGAUUCAGAGCCUAAAGUGAAAAAAUCAGAACUCAUACUUGAUGCAGAAGCCCAUGGUGGUUGGUGGUCUGUUAAGGAGUUCGAUGAAAUUAAGGACUCAAUCGCAAUACAGGUGAAUGUUGCAUCUAGUGCACAGUCAUUCAAUGAGUCUGAACAGAAUUUAAGUAACAAGGAGUUUCCGGAUGCUUGUUACUUGUCAGCUACUGACGAGGGCCUACUUGUUAUUGGCCCACCAAGGAAAUAUGGCGAACCACCGGCUCCGGAAGAAAUUUUUACUGCCAUGAAAGUUUCAGAAACCAAAGUUGCUUUUAAAUCUGGUUAUGGCAAAUACCUUGGCGUCUCUACGAAAUCCGAUGCUCUUCUGACGGCUACAGCAGAUGCCGUUGGUAUUUUUGAACAAUUCGAACCAGUUUUCCAAGAUGGUCGUAGUGCAUUGUUGGGUGCAAACAAUUGUUUCCUUUCUCCAGAUCCUGAUACAGACGAUGUAGUAUUCAAAAGUCAACAAGCUAAGACGAAUGAAAUGGUUACUUUCCGUUCAAACAAACCACUUACACAUGAUCCUCUAUUGGACAUUCCAGAAGAAGAACGCGAGGGUUUGAAAAAAGCUGAGGUUAAUUAUGUCCGUAAAUAUCAGAGCUGGCAAGAUCAAAAGCUUCGUUUGAGCAAAGAAGAGUUCGCUGAUGUAAAACGCGCCCGUCAUUCUGGUAAUCUUUACGAAUGUCUCCUGGACCGACGUGAGAAAAUGAAGUCGGAUCGAUACUGUAAAUAGAUACACUUCAAAUUUGUCUUCAGGAUGUCUUUUUUAAUAUUUUCUAUUAUCAAUAAAAUAAUUAUUCUGUUUCACUUCAGAUUUUCUCCUCUUCUAUCUUGAUUAUUUUAUUUUUGAAUUAAACAGGUAAAAGAUUCCCAUUUUUGAAGUGUGCUUCACUGUGAAACCCGUUAGUUAAAUUGGACUGUAGUUUCCUACAGCACAACACAAAAGCUUUUCAAGACAGUAAAGCGUGUCAGGUUAUCUGGACGAACGCAAACC